UCAAGAUCGCCGCAACGCCAAUGGCCCGUGCAUUCAUAUUCAAUCACAGCACUAUGAAAGCCACCAUCAGCCUUUUCUUCCUAAUCCUAACCACCAAUUUCUUGAUUUCCAACUCUGCAAGGAUCUUAGAUGAAGUGGAUCCACAAGAACCACAACAAGUCAUUAACAAUCUGCCACUCCCAUUAGUAUCCAACCCUUCACUCACAACUACAAUUCCCAUUACCACACCACAGACAGGCCCUGGCACCAGUAAUGAAGAAGCAAAUGCUGACCCACCAAUACCAGAAGUGGAAGCCCCUGCAGGAGAUAAUGUCUCAAUCUCACCAGUGGCAAGUCCCACAAAUGAGGAUCAACAGCAGCCACAGCCGGUGGUAAAGGAACCAUCGCUAUCAUUCUUCAUGCAUGAUAUACUAGGUGGGUCACACCCAUCAGCAAGAGUAGUAACCGGAAUAGUAGCAAACAGUGAUGUAACAGGCUUACCCUUCUCCAAAAACAACAACAACAUCUUCCCAAUCACAGGAGGAAUACCCUUAGUCAUCCCCAAGCUCAAUGGCAUCAUCACAAACAACAACUUACCACUCCUCGUAGGACUAGGUAACGGCCAGUCCUCCUCCACUGUGUUCCAAAACCGGGGAACCAACAACGUUGUUACAGGCGGCAACAAUCAGCCGUUUGUUUCAGCAGGGAACCUUCCAGGAGGAUUAACAGUUCAGAAGUUGAUGUUUGGGUCUGUGACAGUGAUCGAUGAUCAGUUGACUGAAGGGCACGAGCUGGAUUCGGGCGUGGUUGGAAGAGCACAAGGGUUCUACACGGCUAGCUCAUUGGAUGGUACUAGUCAAAGUGUUGUGAUGACGGUGUUUCUGCAUGGAGGUAAUGAUCAUGAUGGCGUGGAUGACAGUAUAAGCUUGUUUGGAGUUCACAGGACAGCAUCGCUGAAAUCUGAAGUUGCAGUGAUUGGUGGGAGUGGUAAGUACGAGAAUGCAAGGGGAUAUGCAGCUCUUGAGACACUGCUGAAAGAGGAUCAGCACACCACGGAUGGAGUCGACACCAUCAUCCAUUUCGAUAUCUACCUUACUCACUAAUAUGAAUAUCUACUUUCAUUCUCAUUGGCUUUCAUGCCAUUUUGCAUUUGAUGUUUUGAAUUCUGCAUGCCCACUGGUUAAGAUAGAUAAAAAUGAGUUAUAUUUCCACACCCUUUUUCAUGCAACACGUUUUUAGAAUUUUGGUUUUCUUUUGAUGUCCACUUUUCACAAUGAUGAUGUACUUGGAUCAGUGUAGAUCCAAAAUAUCCAUGAUUUUUCAUGCUAUUUACAUAAUUAUAUUCUUUUUCGCAUUGUAAAUUCAUUUCACAAAAAGAAACGCGUGUGAAAUCCAUUGGAUUUUUGGCAUUUCA